AUUUAACCUAAUAUCCAGAGCCCAGCACAAUUCAUUCCCUCAUACCAAAACCACUCUCUUCUUCAUCAGGGUUUUAGCGAGAGAGAGAGAGAGAGACGGAGGUUUUAGAGAGAGAGUAAAGAUGAGUUUGGUGGCCGGUUCAUACGAUCGCUUCAUAUGGGGCAUCAAGAUCAGAACACUAAAACAAUCCCAAGCCCUAACCCUAGUCAAACUCUUCAACUAUCCCUCCCACAUCUCCUCCAUCAAGUCCGUUGCCGUCUCCGGCUCCGUGGCCGUCUCCGGUGGCGCCGACGACACCAUCAAGAUCUACGACCUCUCAACCUCCUCGGAAAUCGGCAGCCUCACCGACCACUCCUCCAGCGUUACCGCCCUCUCCUUCUUCACCCCGCCCUCCCUCUCCUUCCCCCGCAACCUCCUCUCUGCCUCCGACGACGGCUCUGUCUGCAUCUACGACGCCGACCCUUUCGUCCACCUCAAAACCGUGAACGCCCACAAGAAGGGAAUCAACGACCUCGCAGUGCACUCCUCGGGGAAGUUAGGGUUGACGGUGGGUAGAGAUUCAUGCUUGGCUUUGUUGAAUUUGGUGAGAGGAAGGCGGAGUUUUUAUUGUAGGUUGGGAAAGGAAGCAUCUAUUGUGAAGUUCGAUUCCAGCGGAGAUAAAUUUUACAUGGUAAUGGAGGAAAAGGUGUCGGUCCACGACUCUGAGGACGCAAGAUUGGUCUUUGAAUUUGAUAAUGAAAAAAGAGUUCUUUGCGCUGCACCUGGCACGAAUGGACUUCUCUUUACUGGUGGAGAGGACAAAAAUAUCACGGCAUGGGACACAACAAGUGGAAAGGCUGCAUAUUGUAUUGAGAAUGCACAUUUGGCCCGUGUAAAAGGUAUUGUUGUGCUCUCUAGGAGUGAUGGUGCUUCUGGUGAUGAUGAUCCAUAUAUAGUAGCAUCUGCAUCGUCAGAUGGGGUCAUUCGCGUUUGGGACGUCCGCAUGGCUAAUAAGGAGAAGCCCAGUCCAUUGGCUGAGUUUAAUACAGGAUCAAGGCUGACAUGUCUCGCUGGGUCCUCUCUGAAAUGCUCAGUUGAUCGGCGAGAGCAGGCGGUGACGAAGAGAGACCAGGUGGCUCUGGUGACGACGGCGAGAGCAAGCGACGGCGAUGGUGAGAGAAGGGGGUGAUGGAUUAUAUCACAAAAGCAACCAUUAGAUGGAUAAAAUAAAAGCUUCCAGAUUACCCCGGGUUGGAAGCAUUGGUCAAAACAAAGAGCAGGAUGCAGCCAAGGAGGGUUCAUAGCUUUCAGAUAUUUGCCGAGUGAGGAUGUAGGCGUAAAUUAUUUUAAGGUUUUUGGUUCAAAUUGUACUUCGUGGAAGCAAAGUUUCUUCCUGAUCUGUUAACUAAAUUUUGAUCUGUUAGUUCAAAUUUGUCACUAUUUGUAGUUUGAAUAUACUUUUUGGGUAUAUCAAGGGAAACAAACAGAAAGCCCAGGGGGAAAAAGACCAUUCAGAGAACAUACACUGAAUCUGCUGGAGUAAAAUUUUCAAUCCUUUUUGCUUUUAUGGAAUUGAUGGUGUUUCUGAGUUCAA